AUGGAGAUACCAGCAACAGUAGAUGAAUUGCCACUAGUUCUAACCCUAUUUCCAUUCCCACACAUCCCCAAAAUCAAAGAAGAAUUCUCUAAAAAAUUCACAACUUUAUUCAAUAAACCAGAGAAUUCAAUAUCCUUGCAGGAAUUCCUAACUACAAAUCGACAGUCUCAGUCUGUUAGAGUGCUGAUCAGUUAUCCUAAGACUCCAGUCACUUCUGAGAUUCUGAACUGUUUGCCAUCUUUGGGUUGUGUCUUGACAGUUUCUGCUGGUACUGAUCAUAUAGACUUGGUUGAAUGCAGAAGAAGAGGUAUAGCUGUUUGCAAUGCUGGUACUAUUUACUCCGAGGAUGUUGCGGAUUUUGCAGUUGGCCUUUUGAUUGAUGUCCUCAGGAAAAUCUCGGCUGCUGAUCGAUAUGUUCGUGCCAGUCUCUGGCCUGUAAAAGGCGAGUAUCCUCUGGGUUCUAAGCUGGGUGGCAAACGAGUAGGAAUCCUUGGGCUAGGUAGUAUUGGCACGGAGGUGGCAAAAAGAUUAGAGGCAUGUGGCUGCAUUAUCUCAUACAACUCGAGAAAUAAGAAACUAUCCGUUCCAUUCCCCUACUAUUCAAAUGUCAUUGAUCUUGCAUCCAACAGUGAUGUCCUCAUUGUUUCUUGUGAGCUAAAUAAAGAAACCUUCCACAUCAUUAACAAGGACGUUAUGUCGGCAUUAGGAAAGAAUGGAAUCAUCAUAAAUGUUGGACGUGGAGCGUUAGUUGACGAGAAGGAAUUAGUGCGGUGUUUGGUGCAAAGAGAGAUUCGGGGUGCAGGGUUAGACGUAUUUGAGAAUGAACCUGAUGUUCCUAAAGAGCUCUUCGAAUUGGAUAAUGUUGUCCUGUCUCCACAUAAAGCUGUGCUUACUUCGGAAUCCUUCGCGGCCCUACAUGAACUGAUACUAGCCAACUUAGAUGCUUUCUUCUCUGAUAAACCUUUGUUGUCUUUGGUCAAGAAUGAUUGAAACAGCCAUCUAAUAGAUAUUGUGCAAAACUGGUGUUGCAGAGUAAUCUGAACCAAUUGAUUGGCGUGUUCAAUAUAUUUGAUAACUUAAUAUGAAGAAAAUUGGUUCUGAACAAAAAUGAACUGAAACAAGUUGUAGCAUUGAUAUACUGGUUAUGAAAAUAUAUUUGUUUUUGCUGUGUAA